AUGUCCCAACACCGCACGAAAAAACCACCGGAGGCCAAGGACAAGGCGUCCUUUUUCACGGCCCGGGCACAGCAAAAUAAAAACGCGGACACAUCAGUCCAAGAUGGCGCCGAGUCCGACACCGACGGCGAAUCAUUGGCGGGAAUGGCGGUGGAUAAGCCGACCCUGCAACAUAUGCUGGACUCCCUAGCACACAAAAU